AUGUAUUAUUUGCGCGUUGAAUUCGUAGCGAUUAUUCUCUUCCUCCUCGCGGUGGUCGAUUGCACCAUGGUGAAAAUCAUUCGAGACGAUCAUUUAAAGUGCGGAUGUCCAGCAGCGUCUCACAGGCAACCACGAUCAACAACAUCCGGGAGGAACAAAGUUACAUCCACGACUUCCAAUCGGCAAACGGCUGUUUCUACGACGGGACGAAUUUUCAAUGGAAAACCCAGCCGAAGAGGAUCUUGGCCGUGGCAAGUCUCUCUUCAGCUGCUACAUCCGAAAUUAGGUUUUAUCGGUCAUUGGUGCGGUGGAGUUCUCAUCGAUCCUAAAUGGGUCAUUACGGCAGCGCAUUGUAUUCACAACGAUCUCUUUAAUCUCCCAAUCGGUGCCUUAUGGACUGUUGUGGUAGGAGAAUGGGAAUUGGAUUCCGGUGGUCGUGGAUCAGCCAGAUUACCUGUCGAACGAGUGAUACUUCAUGAAAGAUUUAAUAAUUAUGUUCACGAUAUCGCUCUGAUGAAACUUGCUAGACCAGCACCUCUUUCCAAGGUAGUGAAGACGAUAUGUCUUCCGGACGCGGAGGAAGAACUCACGGAUAGCAAUUGCGUAGCAUCUGGUUGGGGUCGUUAUGGACCUUCGCCAUCUCUCUCGACUUCGCUCCUUGAGGCUUCGGUGCCAUUGUUAAAUCUUGAGGAAUGCUUACACGCUUAUGGAAAAUCUGUUCCUAUUCUUAAUGGUCAUUUGUGUGCUGGGCACGUUGAUGGUUCCUCUGGAAGCUGUGUUGGAGAUUCUGGAGGACCCCUACAAUGCCGUCGUUCGGAUGGUGUCUGGCAAUUAGUCGGUGUUACUUCUUUUGGUUCUGGUUGUGCUCGACCAGGAUAUCCCGACGUCUACACUAGGAUACAACACUAUUUGAAUUGGAUCGAAGUGAAUACAUUAAUUAACCUAAUACGAAACACUCUACACAGGAAAGCCUACGAGCUUCUAUCAAUUAAGCUACUCGAUGCAUUGGCUGAAACAAGAAAUCAUUUAUCCCGCGCAAGUCAAAAGGGAGGGGGAUCACGUGAGCAGCAUUUAACUACGUCAUUGUGGUCGGCCGAAAGACAGAAAGGGACGCUAAGGGUAGAAUGGGAGCGGCGGGAAGAGGGAGGAUACGAAGCAACAACGACGAAACACGAAUACACUCCACUUCUCGCGUCCGUAGCGAGCGGUACAGUCGGGAGUGAGAGUGAUGUUCUCAAUCAGUAGGACACUUUCAUCGAGCUGAGGAAAGUGAGGGAGACCGUCAUUUCUUCGAGAAAACCUAGGUGGGAAAGAAAAAAGAGUGUUUAGAAACGAUUUGACAAGGGGGGGGAGAGGAAGAGAAGUGAAAGACGAGAAUCGCGAGAAGAGAAAGAGAUUCGAGUCUAGAAAUAUAUCCGCGAGAAAGUAAAGGAGAAACGAAAAAUGCAAAGGCUCGAAACGCGACAUUGACCGCAAAGAGACAGGCAGGGGAAAAGGACGCGAAGGAAUAUAGGAAUCGGUUUCUCAUGGUGGAAGGGAACA